AUAACGUUCAUAAGCAGGAAGCACCACGGCGCAACAGAACAAACUUUUGCAGUACUUACAAUACAUCUUCUACAGUUAGGCAAACUUAUAAAGCUGAAAGGCCGUUACGGUUUUCCGGCUGCUGACCCAACUCAUACCUCCCGAAAUUGACAGCCCGGGGAGGCCAAAUAUCAUGAAGCUAGGACGAUAGUGCCGUGGUGCUGUGGUUCAGGCAUACGGCUUUUUAGCGGCAAGGCAGUCGACACGAUGACACGCCUUCAGGCCGAAUGUUGCGCGAACGCGGGCGCCAGCGGACCUCUGACUCUGACCCUGACAGAUGCGGCAUUGACAAGGGGGCCGUGCUGGCGGCAAGCCGGGUGGAGCCGUGCGCCUGACAGCUCGGGUGGCAUAGUGGCCUCCCUUCCGUGCAGCCGUCGGCUAGCGCGCCCAAACCCCGCGCUGUGGCCGCUGCUCUUUCUGCUGGCCUUCACCGCCAGCUUCACAACAGCGGAAGCCUUCACGCUGCAGAGUCUGAGCGUCACAGGAGCCCCCACCGCCAUAGGCUGCGGGUUUUACACACUGAAUUACGCACUCUGGUGCGACCCGCUGCCCGUCUACGCCUACGUUGCCUUCCAAUCGGAGUGCACGCUGUGGCUUGCCACACGCCCCUCUCCCCCGCCCGCGUCGCCACCUCCCCCGCCCUCGCUCCCCUCCUCGCCCCUAGCCACGCCGCCGGCCACCUCGCCGCCGCCACCAUCACCUCUGCCGCCAGCGCCCGCUGCCGCGGCCAAUGCCAGCCUGCUAAGCCAAUGGGUUUCCUCCGGAUCCUUCUCCGGCAGCUUUCUUUACACGGGCGAGCUCAUAACGGCGGAGUGCCCGCCCGCGCGUCCCUAUGCUGCCGUGAUGAGCUGCAUCAACAAAACCACCUGCAGUCAGGACUGGCGGGGCGCGGAGACCAACAGCAAGGAGCUGUGUCUGGUGCUGAUCGCCUCGGUGUACGGCAGCUACGGCGCGCCGCGGCAGCCCUGGGGCAACUCCACGCUGUGCGAUGUGCGCAUCACCGGCCGCCUGGAGCCAUACGUGCCGCCGCCCGCCGCGCCCGCCAGCAACAGCACCGAGCUGCUGUGGUGGCAGAUCCUGCUGAUGGUGGUGGCGGGCGUGGUGGCUCUGGCCAUCUGCGCCGGCUGCCUCAUGCUGAGCUGGUGGUGGUGCUGCCGCAGCGGCGGCCGCGGCCAUGCCGCAGUGGCGCCGCGCGGGGACUCCGCCGCCGCCCACAUGGCCCAGGCGCUGCCCAAGGAGCUGGCCAUGGUGCCGCCCGCCAUGUUGCUGAAAGCCUACUCCACCCGCCUCACGGACAACAAAUGGGAUAACCCCGACAUGUACGCCCCCAAUGACAAGGAGCAGGCAGCGCCCAUACCCGGCACAGUGCCGCAGCCCAUGCAAGCCCCCAUGCCGCCGCAACAGGCCAAUCUAGCGGGCAUGGCUGUGGCUGCAGCCGGCGUAGGCGCGGCUACGGGCGCCGCAGCUGCAGCGGCAGCGGGCGCAGUAGCGGCGCACAACUCGCACCCGCCGCCAUCAGACGUGAACCACGCGCCUUCCAUGCGUGCCGGCGCACCGCAUUUGGAGCCCCUGUCUCACCCGUCCAUGCCGCCAGCGGCGCCGCCGGCGGCGCACUUGCAGCAAGCUCCUGCUGGUGUUGGGCUGGAGAUGGCGCGCACGGUGUCCUCACGCCCGCCGCCCAUACGCACGAGUCCUUCCUUCGGUCCCGCCCCGGGUCAGGGCGGCCCACUGGGACCCGGCCAGACGCCCGGAGGGCACCUCGGUGCACUGCCGCCCAUGGCGCCGGGAGUGACACCGCAUGGGCUAGACGGGGCACCAGGCGGCUAUCCAGGCGCACAGGCCACGCCGCCAGCAGCGGCUGCGGCGCCGCCGCCUCCGCCUCCGCCUCCGCCGCCACAACCAAUGGAUCCGCAGUACGAGACCGCAUAUCAGGUGUCCAGUGCCCCGCCGCCGGGUGCGGUGCUUGCGGCGGCUGGGGUCGCCGCGGCGGCAGCCGGCGCAGCGGCAGCCGCCGCCGCGGGGGGGCAGCACAAUGACCCGCACAACCCGCAGACCUUCCCGCCGCAGCACCAGCAGCCGCCAUUGCAGCAGUCACAGCCGCAGUCCUACCAGGCGCCAGGUCCUGCUGAUACCUUCCCGCCACACGACCCCAACCACCCCUACCCGCCGCCUCCACCAGGCAUGCAGCCCCAGUACGCGCCCCAGCUAGGACCUGACGGUCGACCGCUGCCGCCGCACCUGCAGCCGCCGCCGCCGCCGCCGCCACCAGGCAUGGGGCCGCAGGGCCAGCUGCUGCCGCCAGCACAGGGUGCAGGACCGGAAGCGGGGGCAGCGGCGCCGCUACCUCAGAAGAAGAGCAUGUUUUCGCGGUUCUUCAAGAAGGCCGCCCCUGCGCCUGCGCCGGAGGCAGCCGCAGCGGCAGCGCCACACCAGAUGCCGCCCGGGCCGCCGCCGCCCGGGCCGAGCGGAUAUCCUCCCGGUGCCGGCAGCUAUCCUGGUGCACCGGGUCCCGCGGCUGCGGGGGCAGCAGGCCCGUACGGCAACGACCGCCAGCACCCGCCGCCGCCGCCGCCGCCGCCACCUCCGCCCGGGCCGUAUCCUUACCAACCACAGCCAGGGCAGCAUGGUCAGCCGCAAGCGCCGCCCGGCUUUCCCGGCUCUGCACCGGCGCCCCACGGGGCACCACCGCCGCCGGCCUAUGCGCAACAGCCGCCAGCAGCCGGAGCACCGCCACCUCCGGCUUCGGCUCUGCCGCCCCAGGCGCACGCGGCGCCGCCACCGCCGCCGCCGCUGGUGCUGGCGGCGCCUGGAGAGGAGCUCAUGCAGCCUGUGAGGAGCGCAGCCCCUCCGCCAGCACCCGCAUCUCCACCAGCACCCGCGUCAGCACACGCACCUCCGCCAGCAUCCGCACCCGCGCCGGUACCGCUGGCUUAUGUGCCACCACCUCAGGUGCCGCCGCCCCCACCUCCAGCUGUAGUGCAUACACCAACGGUACACGCAGCGCCGCCGCCACCAGCACCGCCACCGGCACCACCGGCACACCAGCCGGCUUCUGUAAUGGAUGCGCCACCGCUUGCACCCAAACGCGGCGGUUUGGAGCUGCUUGGCGGCGGCGGCGGCGGUGGCGGCGCGGCGCCGCUGCCCCCGCCUGCAGGUGGCUUGCCGCCGCUGUCGCGGCCGCAGCUGGCGCCACUCGGAGCGCCAGCGGCGCCGCCGCCGCUUGCGCCAGCCGCGUUGCCUCCUACCGCUUUCGCGGCGCCGGCGCCACUGGCACCGCUGGCUGGGCCGCGCGUGUUUGCGCGCGCGGCGCCCAAGGACAGUGACGAGGACUCAUUGCUAGGCUUCAGGCAAGACUUGAAGCAGGAGACCUCUGCAGCGGCGGCGCCGCUGCCGCCGCCGCAAGUGAGCAGGCCGCCGGCAGGUGGACGGGAGGACCUGGAGGACCUGGACGAGGAUUUCGCGCCACCCCCGCCAAAGAAGGGCGGGUUCUUUUAGAGUACGGUAUACGGUGAAUGCCGGUAUCCAACUGUGGCAAUGGUUGCAAGAGGCUGCAGUGGCUGCGACGUCGGGCCCAGCGACGGUAUGCAUACGCAAAGCAGAGCGGAGGGAACAGGCAAGGCCAUGUGGAGGAAGAGAGUGUUGUGCUCAAGUUGAGGCCGCCUAAAACCAGCCGUUAUAUGAUUGGGGGGCUGUGGACGAGCGUCGCAUUUGGUAGGCAGCAUCGUUUGACCGCUGUGUGGCUGUGGUGGCUCCGUGGCUGUGCUUAGCCAUUGCACUCAGCCCUCACCUGGCCUAGUGGUGCCUGUGACCACAUCGUGUGAGGCUGCGACCACCUCCUUGCUUGGGCUCUUGCGGGGUCGGCUGUGCGUUGACGGCAUGGCCGCGCCACGGUGUUACCUGUUUGGUUGCGCCGCAGUAUGCGGAGACAUGUGCUUUAGGACUGCUGUUGGUGUGCCAAGAUGGAGGCCAUGCAUGCAGAAACGCUGACAGAGUCUGGGUUCUGUCACCACGUGUGGCCGUCGGCCAAAAGAGGCAGGGAAAAAGGUA